GUCAAAGAUACGCAUAUUAACAAAUCACUAUUCCUACCAUGGCCGAUCAACCUAAGAAGCUUCACAUUGCUGUGUUUCCAUGGCUUGCUUUCGGUCACAUCCUUCCAUUCUAUGAGCUUGCAAAAGUCAUAGCUCAAAAGGGUCACAAAAUUUCAUUCAUUUCCACACCUAGAAACAUCAAACGCCUCCCUAAACUACCUUCAAAUUUACAACCUUUUGUAGAAUUCAUAGAACUUCCAUUGCCCCAAGUAGAAAAUCUCCCUCAAAAUGCAGAAUCAACUAUGGACAUUCCACAACACAUAGAACCAUAUCUCAAGAAAGCUUUUGACGGUCUUGAAGAACCGUUGACUAAGUUUCUUGAGAGAUCUACACCAGAUUGGCUCAUAUAUGACUUUGCACCCUUUUGGUUACCCCCAAUUUCUUCUAAGCUUGGCAUCUUAUGCAUCAGUUUCUGUAUUUUCAGUGCAUCAGGUGCAUCUUUCUGUUUAAAUAUCAUUCAAAAUGAGACUAGUGACACCACUAAUGAACCCUACAGGGUUACAUUCCAACGUCUCCUAGCUAAAGAGAAAGAUUUCAGCGUUUCAGAUGCAUUUCGAAUCCAAGAAACUAACCGUGGCUCGGCCUUUACUGCUAUAAGAAGUUGCAUGGAGAUUGAAGGUGAGUCUAUAAAUUCCAUUAGAAAUUUGUUAAAGAAACCAGUUUUUCCAGUUGGAUUGUUGCCACCCUCAGUAGAUGAUAAUGAAAAUAGUACUGAGGAUGAAAAUUGGAACACAAUUCGUAAGUGGUUAGAUGAACAUGAGAAAGGGUCAGUAAUAUAUGUAGCAUUUGGAAGUGAGGUAACAAUAACUGAUGAAGAAUUCACUGAGAUAACUAUGGGACUAGAAUUAUCUGGUUUUUCCUUUUUCUGGAUUUUGAAGAGGAAAAAUGGUCCUAAUACCGGUAGUUCAAUCGAAUCGAAAUAUAAACGAGGAAUCAUAUGGAACACAUGGGCACCACAGUUAAAAAUUUUAGCACAUAAGUCUGUUGGAGGAUUCUUGAGUCAUUCUGGUUGGAGCUCUGUGAUUGAGUCUCUUCAAUUUGGAUGUCCACUUAUUUUGUUGCCAUUCCAAAAUGAACAAGGGUUAGUUGCUAGAGUUAUGGAAGAAAAAAUGGUGGGAGUAAGAGUGCCUAGAAAUGAACAUGAUGGGAAAUUCACUAGAGAUUCAUUGGCUAAGGCAUUGAGAUCAGUGAUGAUGUUGGAAGAUGAUAAAGGAAAGAUUAUUUAUAGGAAUCAUGCUGAAAAAAUGAGCAAGAUAAUUGGGGACAAAGAGUUGCAUCAAAGGUACAUAGAUGAGUUUGUUCAUUAUAUGGAAAUUCAUAGACCAGCUUGAUCAUAUUUAUGUCUUAAGCUUUUGGUUCCUACAAUAAUUAUGUCAAGAGAAGGUUCCUCUGCUUGCUAAGCUUUAGUAUCUGAAAUUAGUGGAAUAAAGUGAGAUAGAGAUUCACAUGCAAACGUCUUAAUAUGAAGUUAACAAUUGGAAAUAGUUAGUUAAUU